AUGGAGGCCGUCAUUGAGAGGGCCAGGACGACCCGACAGCCGAUAUGGGUUCCUAUUGUUCACGGGGUUCAAGUGCUCCUCUCUCUCGCCAUUAUCGGGCUCUCGGGAUGGCUCAUACAUGGGAAAUACUUUAACGAGAUCGGCUACGAUAUAUUCUGCGUGAUUUUGACGUGGAUUGUCGUCGUCUGCCUUUUCAUGGCAGCAUACCUGCCUUUCCUGGCAGCGCUCAACCACGCUGUCAUUCUGACUAUGGUCAAUGCCGUAAUGGCCAUCUUUUGGCUGGCGGCGAUGGCGGCGACUGCACAUCUGAGGUCGAAGUUCAAGUACAACGUCACGGUGUACGGCUGCUACGACGACGGAAGCAGCAUCGAUAGCUCGACGUGCGUUGUAGGCAAGAGGGAGCUGGAGAAGAGAGACGGUGCUGUUGCCACAAAGACGGGACUGAGAGCCAUGAGCGCCAUCGCUGGACUUAGUGGAUUGAUGAUGUUGUUGUUCAUUGCGACCCUCGCCUACGCAGUUAUAACUUUGGUCAAGGGUCGUUCAGAUUCCACUAUCGUGGCUCACGCUCCUCAGAAACAAAGUGAAGCGUACCCGAUGUCUGCUCCUCAGCAACCGCAACAGCAGUUUGCUUCUGUAAAACAGCAGGAGCAGCAGCAGCAGCAGCAGGCUUACGUUCCGCCACCACAACAUCAACAAUAUGUGCAGCCGGCAUAUUCACCACCACCUCAGACGCAGCAGAUGCCUGGGCCGCCUCAUGGGUUUCAGUCUGAGUUGCCGAGUCCUACACACCAGUAG